AUGCUCGGCAUCAGGGUAUUCCUACAAAAAAUCCUGAUUCUUCUGCACGUUACUACGUGUGCUGUCGUUGGCAAAACACUGAUGAUACUGUUCCCUAAUGCCAUGAAAAGAUACAUCCUAAAACAGGGCGAAAAGAGCAGAAUGAAUGAGAAUCCAAAGUUCAGCUACGAAAACUGGGGUCCGACUUUUUUCAGCUUCAAGUAUUUGCUCUUCGUGCUGAAGGUGAAGUGGAAGAGGCUGGAGGACGAAGCCUACGAGGGACAUCCUGCUCCCAACACGCCGGUGGUGGCUUUCAACGGGGAAGUUUGUCACCUCCUUGAUUUCAUGCAAGAUAACCGACCUUUAAUCCUGAAUUUUGGAAGUUGCACCUGACCUUCAUUUAUGUUAAAAUUUGAUGAGUUCAACAAGCUCAUCAAAGAUUUCAGCUCAAUAGCAGAUUUCCUUAUCAUCUACAUCGAAGAAGCUCACGCAGUAGAUGGAUGGGCUUUUAAAAACAAUAUUGUUAUUAAAAAUCACAGAAGCCUUGAAGAUCGAAAAAUUGCAGCACAAUUUCUUCAGAAAAAUAAUCCUUUAUGUCCAGUGGUUUUAGACACUAUGGAAAACCUGAGCAGUUCAAAAUACGCUGCCUUGCCAGAACGACUGUAUCUACUUCAAGGAGGGAAGGUCAUCUACAAGGGAGGAGUGGGGCCUUGGAAUUAUCACCCCCAGGAAAUACGCGCCAUCCUGGAAAAACUGAAAUAG